GUGAAUGCCCUGAUCAGAUAUCUUCUGAGGGAACUUAUCAGCCGGAACAAUAUCAAUGCACAACGACCGUGCUUUGCCGACCUAACCACAUCUCAAGUCUUGGUUGAUAAACGUGUUUUGCACGAGCUCGCCGAAGCUCUGAAGCGCAACCGGUGCACGCCAUCUGAGCUGUUUUCAACGCGGCCUCCAAUUCCAUGCUCCUUACCACGAGAAAGUCCCCUGCCGGAACCCAAUCGAAUCGCUAUAGAAAACAACUGGCUAUACCGUCUGUUCACUCAAUGUCCACCCACUCAAUGGGAAUUGCUGUUCCAAAUGGAAGCUUUGAAAAAUUGGUCGGCUUUGAUCCGCAAAGCACAACUGGACUGCACCGAUCGCUCAUCCCUUGGACUUCCCGCCCUCAGCCCACCAUGCUGUUCAAUUUCUGCUGGUGGACGUAUUCGGCUUGCCUCAUGGAACGUAAACCGAUUUACUCUGGCUAAAGCACGGCAUCCGGGAUUUCGCGAAACACUUUGUCUUACUGUCUUACGAGCGCGCAUUUCAUUGCUCGUGCUCCAAGAAGUGGCCUCGUUAGAUGUGGUCAAUGUCUUACCUAUGAGUAGUGGGUAUGGGAUGAAUAUUAUUGAUUUGAACUCGCCGUCCGCGGACGACAUCUAA